AUGAUCAUCCGACAGCUACGACACCAUCGUCCACCGAAAAGCCCCGGUCUCCGCAUGCUCCAUAGAUCUGCGAGGUGCAGUGCGGAAUGCCUCGGCGUACUGAGCUGGACGCACCGCUACCGCGAUUUUAACAAGAUGGCCCAUCAAGCCGCCAACAUUGCUCUGGACCCCUCUCGUUCAGUCCAGACGUCCGCGGACGACGACCGGCCCAUUUUGGCUGAUCUAGCAAGAUUCUUGGUCAGUGACGUCGGGCACUGGACAUCCACGCACCAAUAG